AUGACUUCAAACGUUGGCCUCACCACCCCUCGUGGGAGUGGGACAUCUGGAUAUGUCCAGCGCAAUUUAUCACUGCUGAAACCUCGCGAUCCGAACUACGCAACCCCACCUGCUGGAUAUGGUGAUAACGGGCCCAGCGAUGCUGGAUUUAAGCAGAGGCAGCCAGACAAGCAAAUUCUCGAGCAUGACCGGAGGAGAGCUAUUGAAGUUCAGAUCAUAGAAGAAAGAGAUAGGCUGGAGGAAGAAAACGAGAAGGUCGCGGAGGAAAAUAAGAAGCUCGCUUCGAAGAACAAGACGGAUUCAGAGGAAACUAAGGAGGAAACACGAGAAGGAAGGGUCGAAUUAACAGAGGAAGAGAUAGAGGAGAGGCUUGAUAAGCUCCGUGAGAGGCUUACGAAUGAGUUGGAAGAUGAGUUGGCUGGUAGGCACAAACCAGGACCUUCCCGGGAAGCGAGAUUCAGAGACCAGCCUGGUUAUGAACCAUAUCCCUCAAGGCAAAGACGUCCAAAUAGCCAUGAGGAGAAAAGCGGAUAUAAAGGUCGCAAACAAUUUAAAACAUACCAGGUUCAUGAGCAGGCCGAGGCUAAGAUUCAAGAGAGUGAACGGCUACGAAAAGCACUUGGUAUACGCGGAGAAGAACAAGACCCUUGGGAUUCCGGUCGUCGUGAGGAUCGUGAAAGAGGAGGUAGAGACCGCUAUGCUGAUAGAGAUUCUAGCCGACGGUGGUAG